AUGGCGGGUGCGGGGAGCGGGGCCAAGCCCCGGACUCCUCCAUCGGACCCCAAGGCAGGGAAGAUGACCGACUUGGACCGGCGGAACAUCCGAGAGGUCUGGACUGCAGCCUAUGAGAAUCCGGAGGAGAACGGACGGCUGGUCAUCAUCAGGUUCUUCACCGACUACCCCGUCAGCAAACAGUACUUCAAGACGAUCCCCACAGAGGGGGACCUGGCGGGACAUCCCCAGGUAGCCAACCAUGGCCGAAGGAUCAUGGUGGCCUUCAGCCAGUUGAUCGAGAACAUGGAGAACUGGCAACAGGCCUGCGUCUUGCUGCAACGGCUGGUGGACAACCACAAGAACAUCCACCAAGUGCCUUCUGGGAUGUUCCAGUUCCUGUUCCAGGCCAUACUCUGCACCUUCGAUGACCUCUUGGGGAGAAGCUUCACCCCAGAGAAGAGGAUCUCUUGGGAGAAGUUCUUCCAAGUCCUCCAGGAGGAAGUGGAGGCAGCCUAUUCCCGAUAGAGAGCCCCCCCCCCCAAUUCCCUUGACGAAACAWGGAAAAAGGGGCUCUCCCAAAAGSUACCCUCCCCAUUAUGUUUAUAUUGAAUACUAUGGCAUGGUUGGAAUAAAGUCCUUUGUUUUC